CUUUCCAUUUUCCAUUUCCCUCUAUAUAUACAUACUUAUUUCUUUUUAUAUUACAUAUCAAAAAUCAUAAUAAACAAAAAUAGCAGCUUAAGUAGCAUUUAGUUGCACAUAUAAUUAUUUUCAAGUUUUUCAAAAAUAAAAUUUAAUUUUUAAAUUAAAUUAUUUUCCAACAGCUACCAUCAAAUAAUUGCGUUAUAAUGGUUAGUGUCACGAUGUCUCCUCUUAGCACAUUGGAUGCACGUCGACUUUUCGAGUCACUCGAUCGAAACAACGAUGGCAUAUUAAGCCUAAACGAGCUAACACGGCUGCUCGAACAAACCGGGGUUUGCGCUCAUGAAAACGACGACCUUGCGUUAAUAGUAGGUGAAGAUGGUUUAAGUUUUGAUGAUUUUUGUUCCUUAAUAUUGGGGUGUGAUCAUAAUAAUAAAUAUUACAAUGAUGAUUAUAAAAUAAUGGAAGAUGAAGAUAUGGAAAUGCUUAAAGCUUUUAAGGUGUUUGAUUUAAAUGGGGAUGGGUUAAUUUCUUCAAAGGAGCUUCAAAGUGUGCUUUGGAAAUUAGGUAUGUGGGAUAAAUAUGGAGGUUUAGAUUGUGAUAGUAUUAUGCUUAAAUAUGACGUUAAUAGUGAUGGUUAUGUUGAUUUUAGUGAGUUUAAAUUGAUGAUGCUUGCACAUUAAUUCAUCCAACUUUUAGUUUAUGUAAUCUAAUGUAUACUACUUAUGUAAUAAUCAUAUGGGGUAAAUAUGAAAUUUAGCAACUUUCAUUA